AAUAGAUAUUAUUACCAUUACUAUUACUAUCCAUCCUUACGGGUCGAAGACGCUUCACAGUGGAAAUAUUUUCUACGCUCAAUAUAUACUGUUGCAAAUAUCACUCCCCAUGAGAAAUAACCUCCAAAACAAAAAAGAUGACAUUUUUGUCAAGUCCAUCAAAAUUGACCCUUGGCUAAAGAAAUUAUGUUUCAGUGCUUGUUGCUAAUCACAGAAAAGUAGUCGAAGCUUAAUUUGCAACAAAGUAGUACCCCAGAAAUGGAUGAGAAUAACUGGAAUCCGCCAAGUAGACCAAAAAGAAACGACGCAUCUAGAGGUGGCGGCUCACCCAGAACAAGAGCCGCCACAAGAACAAAUCCAUUAAACAUCAAUUUACCUUCUGCAUCUGCAUAUAUAGAUGACGUGACAAUCAAUGCGGUGUUGACUAGCAGUCUGAUAGAUAACAUUGGACCUGGCAAUUUCACUCAAUUUAGAGUUCCAAUGAGGAAUUCAAGCGGAUAUAUUAAUGCUAACGAAACAUUUGGAGAACAAUCUGAAUUUGCCUUCAGCUGGAUGGCUAAGCACAUUGGCCAGGGAGGAGGCAGAGGAGCGGCAUACGCGCGUCUCAAGAAAUUCGAAAAGGAGCUCACCAGCAACGUCGGAGGACAGCAGUUUAUUGAGGAGGAGGACGAGCCUCUGCAGAAGGAUCCCAGAUUCCUGCUCUCGCAACUCGCCAUGGCCGAGCAGAAUGGCAACCCACAGGUCGCUUCCGAUCGGGAGGAGUCUAUUAUGGAGUGGUUUGACCGGUGUGUAGAGAAAGAACUGAGAAAACGUAAAGAGCUGGACACUGAAGUCGCAGGACCAUUGUUUGAUGUAAUACCACCUCCAAAAGACCUUAAUGUCACCAAAGCGCUUCUGGAUCGAAUGUCCGAGGCUAGCAGUAGUCGUGUGGAAAUCUGCACCCAAAUGCGCAUGACUCCGGACACGGAACUGACAGAGGCUGCUGAUAAAUACGCCAAAGCGGAGGCUAUGUGCGCCUUUGCCGGAGCUGUCAGAGCUGCAGAAGCUGCUGCAGAAGGUAAGUAUUCCAGGAAUGUCUACUAGUAUUAUAAAUGAGAUAAAAGUAGUUUCUGAUAAUGCUGGUGGAACGAACUAUGACAAUUUUCCUUUCUGUAUCAUCACUAAUGGAAGAAGAUAUCGAAUCUACAUCAGCCAGAAUCUGAUUGCAAUGACACUGUUAACAAACGGUUCAACGCUGAAUUUUGGACCCAAAGAAAGAAAUCUUGAGAUGUCAUCUGAAAUGUAUAUAAUGUGGUCAAUAAAUGAAAUGGAAGGCGUCCAUGUGCAGCCGGAUAAAGUAUUCAGUAUUAUGUGGACACUUUCAAAAAUAUGAGCUAAAUGCCGCUCCGCCUGGUUUCGCCGAGGAAGCAGCCGUUGCAAGCGCCAGAGUCUUCCAAUCAGAAGUGACAGCCACCUCAAUGAUCAAAGAGGAAGUCGGAGGGUUCAAACCCCUGGAAGUGGUCGGAUACGUCGGAAUCACCAAGCCCAAAAAUCCCAUCAAACCCAAUAAUUUGAAUAAGAAAUAGCCAGGCAUCAAUCCUAGGUUCUAAUCCAACCCGUAUACAUCCCUGCUAUUUGUAUUUCUUACCUUGAUUUACCAUUUGAUAAUGAAUGUGUUUUUUAUUAAAUAUGUGAUUUUGAA